GAAUUAUUCGCUUCCUAACCCUUCCCCAACGGAUAAAAACGAAAGAGUUAUUCCCUCCCUUUUUCUUAUUUCCGACCCCGUUAAGGAAACAGUGACUUAUUCGGACACCGGUUAAGUUACAGAAUAGUUAAGACUCACCAAACCUAAUUUACGAACCCCUUCCCCCUCCCCCGUUCUCUCUCUCUCUCUCUCUCUCUCUCUCUCUCUCUCUUUUGUUCGUAUCCCAUUUGGCCCUAAUUGGGGUUUCUCCGGGCAACAUCGGAGCUCGAUCGCGCACGGCGAGGAGGGAGAGGAGCGCGAGGAGGGAUCGUCGUCGGAUUGGGUCGGGGGAUCGGUCGGAGGGCCGUUGAGUGGUGGUGGAUCUGCGGCGAGAUAUAUAUGAGCGAGGGGGCGAGGGGCGCGGGGUGAAAUGGGGGAUCUAGGGCACGCGAGGGUGGCCCUGGUGCUCCUCCUCCUGGGGCCGGUGCUGGCCCUGAUCGUGCGGCGGAGAUGGCGCAUGGCGAAGGCGAGGCAGGAGGAGGUGAGGCGCCUCGCACGCCUCGCGGCGGCGGAGGCGGAGCGCGCGGAGAUGGAGGCGGUGCUCGUCUACUCGGCGGAGAUGAAAGUUCCAGAAGCUGUAGCCGCCUCGGUCCCGGCCGAAGAGGCCUCGGCCGCUGCCGAUGCCCCGGCGGUGGCUUCGGGGUUGCUUUGCGCCAGGUGCUUCGCCCCGGCCACCGCGAGGUGCGCGAGGUGCAAGGCCGCGCGAUACUGCUCUGGCAAGUGCCAAAUUAUUCAUUGGAGACAAGGCCACAAGGACGAAUGUCAUCCUCCACGUGUUCAUGAUAAGGAAGACCAAUUAAGUACUUCUAAUUCAAAGAAAGUUCAAUCUGAACAACCUGGUCCAUCUGACAAUAAUGUGGUACUUGAAGGACAGUUGCCUGCCCAACCAGUUGAUUCAUUUCGUAAUAGACCUGAAUCAUCUGAAACCAACUUCUCAGGGAACAUCCUUAAUAAAGAUGUCAUGGUUGAAGAUAUGACUUCUAGUGAUGCUUCUAUAGAAACUUCUGAUAAAAGACCUGUCAAUCAGGAGUCAAUUCUACACCGUGAUGCAAUAUUAAGAGAAUCAGUCGCUUCUGCUCCUUCUACUAGUGUCAGCACACCUGUCGACAGUGGGGAUGAUAAUCUUAGUGCAUCUCCAGCUCCUGAGAUUCCUAGUGCGGGUUCUCCUAUAAAUACAUCUUACUCUGAGGACUUGAAAGAAAAGAUGUCUGCAAGUAAAGACAAAGCUGUUGAUCAUCGAAAUAGUCAGCAUUCUGAGAACACUAUUGAAGGUCAGGAAAAUGCUUUUGUUAAAGGUUCUCAGAACAAGUUUGUUGGCCAUAAAUGUUUAGCCCAUGAAAAGCUGGGACCAACAGAUUCUUCUCGCAAUGCUGCUUCAAAUGAAGAUACAAGAAUUCAAUUUAAGCAAGCAAAAUCACAAGAUUCGGGCACUAAGAAAUCUGAGUUGAGAUCUUCAGCAUCUGCAUCUUCUGCUAGUGAAAUGUCUACUAGUGCUGGCAUUUCUAAAGCCAUCGAUACAUCUGCAAAGUCUGUUGGUGCUCCUAAAGUUCUUCCUAGACCAGCAGAGAGUGGAGGUCCUGUAUCAAACAGCGUGACAACAUCUCUUAAGAGUGUUCUUAACCACUUUCCAUCUUCAAAACUUGUGAGGCAUUACCCACCAGAAUUUAGACAGAUGCUAUUUCCAUAUGAUCAGUUCGUCAAACUCUACAAUUCUAACAAGGUGGAAUUUCGCCCCUGUGGUCUUAUUAACUGUGGCAACAGUUGCUAUGCAAAUGCUGUGCUCCAGUGCUUGGCAUUUACUCGACCACUUACAGCUUAUCUCUUGGAAGGACUUCAUUCUAAAACAUGUCUGAAAAAAGAGUGGUGUUUUACAUGUGAGUUCGAAAGUCUUGUUAUGAACGCCAAGCAAGGAAAAUCUCCUUUGUCACCCAUUGGGGUACUCUCUAACUUACAUAAGAUUGGAAGUGGCUUUGACCUCGGGAAGGAAGAAGAUGCCCAUGAAUUUUUAAGGUUUGUUAUUGAUGCUAUGCAAUCGGUGUGCCGUAAAGAAGCUGGACCAAAUGCUACUGGCCGAUUAGCUGAAGAAACAACACUUAUACAGCUAACUUUUGGGGGUUAUCUUCGAUCAAAGAUAAAGUGUAUGAAGUGCUUGGGAAAAUCCGAGCAAUAUGAACGCAUGAUGGAUCUUACUGUUGAGAUACAAGGGGAAAUUGGUACUCUUGAAGAAGCACUUUUACAGUUCACUUCUACAGAAGUUUUGGAUGGAGAGAACAAAUAUCAAUGUAGCAGAUGUAAUUCUUAUGAACGAGCAAAAAAGAAGUUGACAAUAUUGGAGGCUCCCAAUAUCCUUACCAUCACAUUGAAAAGAUUUGAGUCUGGAAAGUUCGGUAAGCUCAACAAAGCUGUUCGGUUUCCGGAGUACCUCAAUUUGGCUCGUUACAUGAGUGCAACCGAUGACAAGUCCCCUGUUUACCAGUUGUAUGCGGUCGUUGUCCAUCUUGAUGUAAUGAAUUCUUCUUUUUCUGGCCAUUACGUAUGCUAUGUGAAGGAUACACAGGGAAAGUGGUACAAGACUGAUGAUACGAAGGUGAAACCUGUGGAGCUUGAACAUGUAUUGUCUAAAGGGGCGUACAUGCUUCUCUAUGCAAGGUGCUCGCCACGUGCCCCAAGUUCUGUAAGGAGAGCGAUACGGGUAAAGAAGAUAAGGAGCAAGACCCCAAAUGCACCCGGUUUCCACGGAGGCUCAUCAUUCGGGCAGCUAAGGGGAGACGAUCCUUUUAAUGCUUUACCCUUUCGUCUAUUCGGUGAAACUGUACGGCCCAAUACAGAUUCUUCAAGCGAUAGUUCUUCCCUCUUCAGCAACUCUGACGAAGGUUCCUUCACAACUGAGAGCACAAGGGACUCAACCAGCACCGAGGAGUACUCUGAGUACUUAUUUGGGGACUCCGAUCGAAUGAGCUGGAAUAAUAGCCCUUUAAGAUACUCCGAUGAGACAGAAAAUGGCGGCAAUUCAGCAUCAAAUCCGAGCUCUUCGGGCCGGGAGGUGGACGGGUUGGAGGUUGGCUUUGAGGGUGGUGAGAGCCCUUCCUUUUUGUAUUCUGACACAAGUAAACAGCGUAGAGAGUUAACAGAACAGAGUAGGGAAGUAGAGACUGACUGGGCUAACCCUAAUGUGGUUAAGGCCAAUGUGUUAUUAAGAAGACCAACAAGGGAAAGGACAACCCAACCAUUUUAUUCAUAGGUUUGGGUUGUAGAGUAAUAAGAGUAUGUAUGAA